AUGGUCUCCAAAUUCCACUCUCAAAGCCUCAGGAAUAGGAGCCUCCUCCUAUUCACCCUCCGAUUCGUGGGUCCCACCUCCUCCAUCGCUGCUCCCCCUCCCGCUCUCCCGGGCUUCUCCCGCGCCGCCACCCACCGACGACGUCGACAGCUCCGGCGAGGCCGACGGACCGGCGGCGGCCUUGGCCCGGGCCCCCGCGUGGCCGGAUCUGCCGCAGGCGGUGGCGGAUCCGCCACCCGAUCUCCGCACCGGCCGCCUCCCGACCUCCCCGCCGGUCGCCUCCCGCUGCUUCCUGACCUUCGCGUCGUCCGCCUCGGACCACCCGCCGGGCCGCCGCUCCUACGCCGUCGCCGGCCCCUUCCCGUCGCCGACCCCUUCCCGCAGCCGCACGCCGCCGUCGUCGAUGCCGGUCCCUUCCCGCUCACCGCCGCCGAAUCUGAUUUUUUCCUCGCCCUCCGGGAGAGGGAUGCCGAGGUGGAGGAACUGGAGGCGGAUCUUGGAGGCUUCUCGCGCUGCAGGCGGAUCACCAUGGCCAUGGUCUCGCUGGCGGCGCUGGCCGGCAUCGGGUGCGCGGCAGAGGUGGCCGCAGCGGCGGUCGCGGCGGAGUCAGGCCCUCGCCACGCCUGCUCGCCAAUCCGUCCACCCUCGCCAUGCCAGCUCCUUCGCGCCAUCCCACAAGCCGCUGUCGGGCCCCAGCUCCUUCGCAUCGCCGUGCAUGCCGCCGUCAGGGCCGUGCUCUUCACACCGCCGCGCUUGCCGCCGUCAGGGCCAUCCCCUGCUCCUGCUCCUCCGCAGCGCUGCCGUGUUCCGGGCCAGCCGGGCGCCCCUGCUCCUCCGCGCCGCGACGGCCGAGCUGCGACGCACAUGCCGCAGCCCCGAGCAGCGGAUUGCUCGCCGCUCAGCUCCAUUGUGUCGCCCACCAAGAACGGCGCAUGGUGA